AUGAAGCCACAGGUUCUCCUCUCCCUUGUUUUCUCUUCACUAGUCGCCUUUUCAGCCGCCUCCGUCAUCAAGCCAAUGACUCCUCGAGACCAACCAGCUUUUAUCAAUGACUUGAACACCAGAAAGCCAACAGUACAGACGGUAGAUCACCCCAUCACCACCACCGCAAUACGCUAUGUAGUCAGGAGACAAGAUAACCAGCCCCAAGCAGGAGCACCAGAUCCAGGAUCUGGGGGAGCAGAAGCUGGACCUGGGACCGGAGGACAACAACAACCAGAAAAGCCCAAGCCGACGCACGACCCGCUACCAACUCUGGCACCAAGCGAUGGUGAUAGUGGCGGCGGUGGAAACGGUGGCCAGAUAGGUGCCAUCAUUGGAGGCGUGUUCGCUGGUAUUAUUGGCCUUAUACUGGUGGUAUGUGUGAUCAAGGGGAGAAGGGCGAGGAUGGAGGCGCAGGAGGAGGAUGAUGAGGAGUAUGAGAUGAGGAGACAUAGGAGGAGGGGUAGGAGGUAG